GGGGCCCCAGCUCCGGGCAGACAUGCUGCUGCUGCUGCUGCUGCUUGCAGCACCAGCCAGGGUGAGCUCGCAGGGAUACUCCCUGAACGUGCAGAGAGCAGUGACGGUGCAGGAGGGCCUGUGUGCCCAUGUGCCCUGUGAGCUCACCUACCCCGAUGAACACUGGACUGCAUCGGACCCGGCUUACGGCUACUGGUUCCGGAACCAGGGUGGGCCUACAGGCCAGGCUGCUCCAGUGGCCACAAAUGAUCCAGAUCGACAGGUGCUGGAGGAAGCAGAAGGCCGAUUCCUCCUCACUGGGGACCCUGGGGCUUACAAAUGCUCCCUGGACAUCAGAGAUGUCAGGAAGACGGACGAGGGGUCAUUUGUCUUUCGGCUGGAGAGAGGACAGGCUCGAUAUAGUUACAGAUAUUCUACGCUCUCUGUGCGUGUGACAGACCUGACCCAUAGCCCCGACAUCCUCAUCGCGGGGACCCUGGCAGCGGGCCACCCCAGCACCCUGACCUGCUCUGUGCCCUGGGCCUGUGAGCGGGGGAUGCCCCCCAUCUUCUCCUGGCUGGGGGCCUCUGUGUCCCACCUGGGCCCCAACAUCAGCAGCUCCCCAGUGCUCAGCUUCACCCCACGGCCCCAGGACCACGGCACCAGCCUCACCUGUCAGGUGACUCUGCCCGCGAUCAGCGUGACCAAGACGACCACUGUGCACCUCAGCAUUUCCUACCCUCCACAAAACCUGACUGUAACCGUCAUCACCCAGGGAGCUGGCUCAGCUCCCGCAGCCCUGGAAAAUGGCUCCUCUCUUCCAGUUGUGGAGGGCCAAGCUCUGCACCUGCUCUGUGCAGUCGACAGUUACCCUCCUGCCAAGUUGACUUGGACCUGGGAGAACCUGAUUCUGAGCCCCUCUGAGCCUGCAAAACCUGGGGUGCUGGAGCUGACUCCAAGUCACCUCAAGGGUUCGGGAGAAUUCACCUGCCGAGCGCAGAACUCUCUGGGCUCCCAGCACAUCUCACUGAGCCUGCCUCUGCACACAGACAAAGAGGAGCUUCCACAGAGAGUGACACUAGGGACCAUCACGGGAGUCAGCAUCACAGCCCUGUUCUUCCUGUUCAUCUGCAUCAUCUUGGUCAUAGCAUGGUCCUGCAGAAAGAAAUCCGCAAGGCUAGCAGCAAGCAGAGGGGAGCCAGAGGCUACCAGCGGCUCGGCCUCUCAGGGUCCCCUGGUUGAAUCCAAACUAAAUGAGAGAUCCUCACACCAGCCUUCCAUGUCCGUGGCUGCCCUUGCCUCAGAGGAGGAAGAAGAAGGAGAGAUCCACUAUGCGUCCCUCAACUUCCACAAAGUGACACCCAGGGACCCACAGAACUAUGAGAGCAUCACCAGUGAGUAUUCAGAGAUAAAGAUCCACGAGGGAGAAGCUGUCAAGACUGGUUCUGGUUGAUCUCAGGACUGUCUGAAGAAUAAACAAUGUGACUGAGAAUUCACCUACAAGUGUUACCAGAACAGGAAGAGAAGCAGAGCACAACAACCACCUGAUCCAAGUAGACUUGAUGGCAAGAAAUCAAAGGACGGAUGAAGCACAAAAAGUUUCUAUAUGCUAGCCCAUGUAUAGCAGCACUAAAAAUAAAAUAUAAAGGAAAAAUCCUUUAAAGAAGCACACAACUGCUGCACUAAAAACAUAGAACAUUAGUGAAAGAAAUGAAAGAAGGUCCAAAUUAAUGCAAGAAAUAUACCAUAUUCAAAUAUUGGAAGACCAUCACACCACUUGGGAGGCUGAAAACAGGAGGAUCACUAGGAGUUCGAUCUGUUUAGUG